AUGGACUACUCGUACUUGAACCAGGCCGGCUUCGACGGCAGCUGCCUGCAGGGUGCCACCAUGGACCCGACCGGACUGGGCAACAUGCCCUGCACCUACGGCGACCUGACCUCCUGCAGUCAGAUGUCGCAGGCGGCCUACAGGUACACGGCGGCGGCCGCCUCAAUGGCCCGCUCCUACAAUCCGGCCGCCGGUUCCGGACCCAUGGGGGUGCACCAUCCGGCCGCCGCCACGUCGCAGUGCGCUGUCAUGGGGGCCAGAACCCAUGUGCAGGACGUCCAUCGCGCCACCAUGUUCCCCACGUCCAUGAACCUCCAAAGCGGACUGCCGUACAAAGUGUAUCCGGGCCACGACGGAGUGUUGACGGAGAAAAGGAAACAGAGACGGAUACGGACGACUUUCACGUCCGCCCAGCUCAAGGAACUCGAACGGGCCUUUCAGGAGACGCACUAUCCGGACAUCUACACCAGAGAGGAGAUCGCGAUGAAAAUUGAUCUGACGGAAGCCAGAGUACAGGUAUGGUUCCAGAACAGGAGGGCUAAGUUCAGAAAGCAAGAACGCCUGGCCCAACAGAAAGUAUCGAAUUCGAGUAGCGAGAGCCCCAACUUAACGAGCAUCAAGGCGGAGAGCAACGGCACGACGAAGAGCAUGUCCAACGGCGGCAAAGACGUGAAACCGGGUUCUCCGAACUCCAGCGUCUCGACGACGCCAAAUUCGAACACGAGCAGCGUUUCCAGCCAGCAUUCGUCCAGCGGAGACGUCAAACCCCUCAACGGAAGCAACGGAAAACUGUCGGACGACGUGUUGAUCAGCAACAAUAACAAGUGGUCCUCGAUGAGUCCGCAGUCCUGCAACACCGCCCUGCUCGUCCAACAGGCGAACAAAGUCCUGUCGUCGCAGCCCUCCCAUCUCCAGGGCCACCACGGGUCGCACGCCGCCGCGGCCGCCGCCGCCGCCUUAUCCUCUCCCUUCACAUCUCUCCUAGGGGCAACGGGGGGCGCCGCCUCCUAUCUACUCGGCGACCACUUGAAACCGGCCACUGCUGCCAACCAUCUCUUCUAA